AGGAUGAGAAGAGAGUCAGAGUCACAGUGGGGACGACGACGACGCCGACGCCAUGGCUACGAAUAAGAGUACAGAGAAAGAGAAAGGCCCAGAAAAUGUCUCGAAGAAAGGGAGAUCAUGCAAAGGAACACUUUAUUAUUCAACCGCUCUCAAAUCCAAUGCUUACAAUCCUAUCUGCCUCGGCGUUCCUCGCACCCUCCCUCAAGUGCCUGACUCAGUAGUUGUAGCAACUGAGAUGGAGGCUUCUAAAGAGGAUCGACAUCUUGCUGAUUUUCGUUAUGCUUGUGCUGGUUACUCUAUGUAUUUGGAUCGAAUUAAAGAAGACCCUUCUCAAAAGAACACAUCAGAAUUGCCCGUUUGUGUUGGCUUGGAGCUUUUGGUUGGCAAAAGAAUCCAUAAAACGUCACCAGCUGCCGCUCCUGUUUCUACCCAUGUUCAUCACAAAGAGGAUGCUCGUGAAGUCCCUCAGACUCAGAGGCACCAGCCACCUACUCAAUCUGCCGGAACUGUUUUCUUGAACAAGUUUUCAAGAAAUGCAGAUCUUGUUGCUUCAGGGGUGACUAAGAACGUGUAUAAAGUAGGUAACUACAUUAAAGGAAGUCUCUCAGAUUUUUUGUUCCCAUACAGAGGGAGAUCAAAGUAAGAUGGCUUGUUGAAGAUAUUGGACGAACGAAUAAAUAUACUCAAGAAGCGGGAUUCGGCUUCAAGUCGACCUGGUUUCUGUGCUUGUUUAUAACACCUCACUCCACAUUUUGAGCAAUAUAAUGUUAGUGCAACUGCUAGUCGUAGAUGGUGAUUAUUAUUUGUUCUCUAAUUGUUUAUUUAGUGGUGGAGGAAUGUGACAAGAGGUUCUGUUUUUUUUUGGGGUCUGAACAAGGGGUUCUGUUAUGUUUGAUACAAUGAAAUCCAAAUUGCGCUAUUUGCUAA